AUGAGUGAUCAAGAAAAACACAGCAGUGACGAGUGGCUGCAAUGCACGCCACUAAAACUGAGAGAAGCUGCGGAGAAUACGAGGGACGAAUUAUUGCCGACAAAAUCUCAAAAAAUGUACGAAUCCACGUACGACGCAUUCGUGAAAUGGAAGCGGGCACACAAAACAAAAGUAACGUCGGAAUCGAUUGUGAUGGCAUACUUCAAAGAACUCAGUGAAAAAUAUAAAUCAUCGACUCUAUGGUCAAUGUUUUCGAUGCUGAAAGCCACCAUAAAAAUUAAAGAAAAUACAGACAUCGAUCAAUAUCAUUCCCUCAAGGCUUUCAUGAAGAAAACGUCAUCGGGAUUCGUGAGCAAAAAAUCGAAAGUGCUUUCGUCAGAAAAUGUUGAAAAAUUUUUAACAGAAGCUCCCGACCGUGAAUAUUUGACAACAAAAGUUGCUCUAAUUUUCGGAAUAUCCGGGGCUUGUCGCAGCAACGAGUUGGUGAAUAUCAGACUCAGAGACGUGAAGAAAGAAGGGAACCUGCUCGUCGUAAAUCUCCCGGACACAAAAACGAAAAGACCUCGAACUUUCGUAAUUUCAGAAGAAUUCGUCAAAAUCGUACAACAGUACACGGAUUUGCGUCCUCAAAAUGCAAUGACCGAUCGUUUUUUUGUCAAUUAUCAAAAGGGAAAAUGUACUUGUCAAGUUAUCGGGAUACAUAAAUUUUCGAAAAUGCCGAAAGAAAUUGCCGGGUAUUUGAAGUUAGAGGACUCGGCGAGUUUCACCGGACACGCGUUCCGCCGAACCUCUGCAACAUUGCUUGCAGACAGCGGGGCCAACAUCACUACGUUGAAGCGCCACGGUGGAUGGAAAUCGAGCAACGUUGCAGAAGACUAUAUCGAGGAGUCCGUUAAAAAUAAAUCCAAAAUCGGGCACAUUAUAUCAACGGCGGUCAAUUUUGCCCCAGCUGGACCUUCGGAACGGAAUAACGAUGAUCCACCGUCAAAGCGUGAAAAAAUUGAGACGAUUACGUCCGAGAAAGAAAAUUUAAAAACGCAAACGACCGUGGUCGAUGACGAAAAUUCGCCAUCGAAAAAAAAAUUUGUAUUCAACAAUUGCACAAAUUGCACUUUCGUGAUCCAUGACAAGUAA